ACCAGAUGCAGCUUGAUUUGGUUAGGAAAGCUUGCCCUGCUUUGGGCCCGGGAAGCGAAGGGAAUGAUCUUUGCUGCUUCUCCUCUACACUUCUUUUUCUCAGUGCCCUUUUCGCAUGGGCACCAGAUGAAGAAAGGAACAUUGGAAGCUUAA